AUGAAGGAGAACGAAGUACUGUGGGGCGACCCCAGAGAUGUUGUCCAUGCAUGGGUGGACAUGGAAAAGAAGUUAGGCUUUCAUACCAAAGGCAGCAGUGAUAACGAGCUUACCCGUGAAAUCUCUCAUCUUCUCACGGUAGGAGCUACACGCUGGGCUCCGCAUCACCCUACCCGCGAGGUCAGAUGUGAUCAAACUAUGGAUCAAUUUCUGCAAUUGGAGCAGGACAGAGUGUACAAGAAAUAUCUAGAUGGAGAGUACAAGGGUUGGCAGGAACCCGAAGAACGCAAGAAGAACCUCCUAUCGGCGGCAGGAUUUUGGGUUUUCCCACUUGGGACGUUUGAUACUUGGAAACACAUGAUAAUGGACAAGGGGUAUCAGGACCUGAGAGGCCUGCAUCCAGGAUUGGGGCUAUUCGAACUGCCGCAACAGAUGGAGGAGGCUGACCUAUUCUAUUGCCUAUUUGUUUAG